UGACUGACUUCUGACGCCCAACAAUGCAGAGCAAGUCACAAAAGUUUGAAAUCUUAUCUUUGCGCACGGGGCUGGCUGCGAGGAGUGACAGCAGCAUGGAUCAGGCUACAAGUGCUGGUUUCUCUGCAUCCCCGUGGAAAGUUUGAACAAGAUGAACAGACUCGUUGCGGUGCCAGAGGAGAUCAUUUAGUCUUUUCAUACUGGAUUUUCAGCUCUGAAGGUUUGCAACUGGAAUAUCAAUUAAGAUUAUAACUUUUGUAACAAUUCAAUAGCAUCUAAUCUGUUGUGUUUUCUGCAACUCUUGGAUAAUCGCGCACUCUGCGGAGUCACUUUUGGAGACGUUGGAUCUGAAUUACGCACGGGAUUCCUCUAACAAAUGACAGCUUCUAAGUGGUUUAUUGCUCCCUUACUUCACCCCGUCAGCUGCCCGUAUCGCACAGAUCCACCGGAUCACUCAGGUUAGACACGGGGAGUGAAAACCACUCUGUCUCCUUCUGUGCGCCAGCGUGCGGCCGCGGGCCACCUGGCCGAGGAUGUGGGGACGAGGCUUCCCGAUGUCCGUCACCACGAUUGUGACUCUCCUCCUGGUUAUUAUCGACGUUAAAGCCAGCGGGGAGUAUUGCCACGGCUGGCACGACUCCCAGGGCGCCUGGAAAGAAGGUUUCCAGUGCCCGGAGAAGAUCGACGGAGAGGACGCGAUCAUCUGCUGCGGGAAAUGCGAGCUGCGCUACUGCUGCUCCAGCACGGAGGCUCGGCUGGAUCAGGGCAGCUGCGAUAACGACCGGCAGGCUGAGGAGCCCGGGACAGAGAGCAAGGAGAACAAGGACUCCGGUGCAGUGCCGAUCUAUGUGCCGUUCCUGAUCGUGGGCUCGGUGUUUGUGGCGUUCAUCCUGGUGGGCUCUGUGGUCGCAGUGUGCUGCUGCCGCUGCCUUCGCCCCAAACAGGAACUGUCAUCAGGAGGUGCGUCAGGAGGAGGAGCUGGCAGUGGUCGCCUCUUGGAAACCAUCCCCAUGAUGGCCAGUGUGGGGACCUCCAGAGGCUCAUCGUCCCGCCAGUCCAGCACUGCCACCUCGUCCAGCUCCUCCGCUCCGCCUGCCGCACCUCGCCCCGCUCCCCCUCCUCUCAUGCGGGCUCAGGCCUCCUGCUGCCUGCCCCCUGACGCCAGCGUCUUCGUCAACAUGCCCACUAACUUCUCUGUACUCAACUGCCAGCAGGCCACACAAAUCAUGCCCCACCAGGGACAGUUUCUGCACCCCCAGUACAUCGGCUACGCCGCCCACCCUGUGUCCCCGGCGACAGCCUUCCUGGACCCCACUCAGGGAGGAUACAGACCCCUCCAGUCCCCCUGCCCUCCUCCCACUGCUGGGUCCAGUGUCACCAGUGACCAGAAAUUCCCAGCAGUGACUGUGUGAUGAGGGGCCGACCUGCAGACCACUCUGCCACUUUGUUGUGAGGUUUAACCUGUGAGGGCCGCGCCAGAGACCUUUAGGGGACGCUGCCAGAGUGGAAAAAGAAAAGCAGGGAGUCAGACUCACAUGAAGGACUCAUAAAGCCGCUGCUGGCUGAGGGCCUGCCUGCUAUUGUGUGUGCUGUGUGUCUGUUUAGUGUGUCAUAUGAUCUCUUGGCGAGUUGGAAUGAGCUAAGCUCAGCCUGUGAUGGAUGCAUAAACAAUUUUCAGUCUUGAUGCAAAAACAAAACUGCAUAUAGGAGAGUUACACAGCCCAGAUGGGUGAUUGUGCACCACCCGCUGCAGCAGCCUGCAGCUCAAAUAAAGACCAUGCAUGUGUUUGUGUUUGCAUAUAUGUGUACGUGAGAGUGAGAAAAAGAUUUGUUGGCUCAUGUGUGCUCGGGUGAGUGAUGACUGGAUGAUUUAUAGCAGUGAAAUGUAUGAAAAGUGGAUAUUCAAGCAAAAAAAAAUAUUAUGACCACAUGCUGUGUUUAUGCCAUGUGCACAUCUGCACUUGUGAAUGGUUGCGAGUGGUUUAUACAGUACAGUUUGUUUGUGUUGAAAGUGUGAGGAGAGAAAGCAUGUGAAAAGAUGUUUGUACUGUACGUGUGUGAGUUAGUGUGAAGUGUGGAGGGAUGUGGUCGCAUGAGUAACUGUGAGUGAACUGUGUGUAAUGGGAAAUGCAGGUGGUGUAAUGUGAAAGGCAGUCGCAAUCUCCCUGUAGACCAUUUAAACUCUAAUGAAGUGAACACAGGACAUAGACUGUGACGCUCCACCCUUCUAUACAAACCCAACUGCCACCCAAAAAGAAAAAAAAACACAAAAAAACUCCAACUGAAGGAGCGGAAACACACACAGACCCCAAAAAAUUAAAAUAUUCACGCACGGCUGGCAGUUAAUGUCCCUGAGAAGUGUGAGAGGCCGAUGCAGAGUUAAUUAUACAGCGAAAACUGCCCCCCUUCACUCCUCUCCUGUGAGAGGUGUGUGUGCAUGUGUGUAUUUAACACCAGCACAGUUCAGUGCGUUAGCUGAGUUCAUGGGCAGCUUUGACUCAUUAUUUCCCACUUAAAACCAGCACAGAAAUGGCGGUUAUUGCUUGUUAACCUAAAUAACACUGAGUCAAAGUUGCAUUUCUUUCUGUUGUGCAGCUGGUAACUCAGUAACAUGCAACCUGAGGAAUGUGCUGCUCCACUGAGCGUGCAGCCAAAGACGUCCCAAAGUACUGAAACUGUUCGCGUACCUCAUCUGUACUCUGAGCACAAUGUCUGUAAGAUACAGUCGGCAGCUUGUGUGUGGCAAAAUGAGAGAAAUGAUGUAUGUAAACUGGUCCAGUUUGAUGCAGAAGUGACAUUUUUCAUGUGAAAUUUUAAAAAUAAACAACUUUUAAAGAGAAA